ACUUGGAAGACAUCAUUCGCUUGUGUACAUCACAUUGGUACAAAUCGGCCCAAACCAUCAAGUAACGGAAUACUCAACAUGAAGGUGUUCAUUGUGAUGUCUAUGGCUCUGGCCAUUGCUUCCUGCGCAGCAGUUGACGAUUCUUCGAAGAAGGAAAAGCGUGGACUUUGGGACCUUGGACAUGAUUUCAAUGGCUUCGAUAACGACCACCACCUGGAUCAUCAUGAAGUCAAGCAUUUGCAUACAACCAUCACCAAAAAGGUUCCCGUUCCAUAUCCAGUCGAAGUUGAGAAACACGUUCCAGUAGAGGUGAAGGUCCCAUACCCAGUUCACGUCGAGAAGAAGGUCCCAGUUGUGAUUGAGAAGAAAGUACCAGUAUACAUUGAGAAGAAGGUCCCAGUCCACGUUGAUCGCCCGGUCCCAUACCCAGUCGAGGUAAAGGUUCCAGUCUACAAGAAGGAAUACGUCGAAGUGCCAAAACCGUACGCAGUUCAUGUUGAGAAACCCGUUCCAGUGUAUGUCCACAAGCCAGUGAUCGUAGAGAAGCCGGUUCCAGUGACUGUUCACAUCAAGAAGCACAAGAAGCACUGGGAUCUGUUCUAAGAACAAUCGCAAAUUUGAAUUUC